CUUGGAGUCGCAUGCGGACUCUCGGCGGUCUUUUUCUGGGGCGUUCUCGAAGCCGUCUGUGGCCUGCGCGCCGGGCCCACGAUGGCAGAAGUGUCGAAUCUGAUUUCUCGACGUGGCUCAAGCUAUUACGUCCUUGAGUUACGAUUCACUUGUUACUUGGUUCGCCUCUUCCAUUUUCGUGCUCGCCAUGUCGAGCGCUGGAUCUUCUAAGGAUGCGCCGAAGGCGUCGGGUGAGCUGGCGAAGGGUGUCCUGAUGGCCUCCGCCCGCAACACUCAGCAAAUCCUGGCCGACAUGGGACGCGAUUUGGCAUUGCAGAGUUUGGUGAUGCAGUGGAUUGCCGAUUACAAGAAACAGACAACCGAGGCAGCAGCCGCAGGCCUUUCGAUCUCAGGGAUGGUGAAGAGCACGUUGGAUGCCAGGAAACGGAAGAAGGACCAUUCCGAUGAUGAGGGUGGUGUUGAUGGCAAGAAAAACAAAAGUACCGUUGCCAGGGAGAGGGUGGAACCAGAUGCGUCAUGUGAGCUUCGGCGUGGGCAACUCGUGUUCUCGAACUGGACCCAGUCACUGCCCCGCGAGUGUUUGCUGUACUGCGACCUCGACAUUGACAUCCAGAUCGUUCGCAAGAUGUCCCCUGACGCAUUGAAGCAAUGCAUGGAACGCUCCCUGGACAUAAAAAUCUUCGGUGACGAGAAGGAUCGGGUCGGUUCCAAGAACAAGAAAGAGCUCUUCAGGAGUCUAGCUGCUGUCUACGAGAAACUCGGCAAACGCCUGCAAGACAUGGAGGUGGACAUGUCCACGGGGGAGGUCAACUGGGAUUCUUGCUCGCCGCUGAAGCUUGGGGCCUUCGAUGCAGAGGAGAAGAAGCUGCCAAUCACCUACCAGGAAUCGGCCAACGCCAGGCCCAUCUUGCAGUAUCUCGCCGACGACGUCUUGAAUGGUGACACGGGCCCGUUCACGCUGCAGCAACACUGGUCGCUUACGUGUCCGGUGGUGCAUUCGCCUACGGGGGACUACGACAUCAAGGCCCUCUUUGCUAAGAUCGCCCGUCGCAAGCUGGGCCGCCGUUUGUCCGAUGAGAUGGGCGCCACCCAUGGCGAAAGGGUGAGUGCGCAGGACGCCGAAAAGAUGGCCAAGCAGAAGGCCUGCAAGAAGAAGGCCACGUCCCUCGGCAUCCGGAAGAUGGUCAAGGGCGAAGCGCAGAAUUCGAGCGGCGGGGUGGGUGGCUCCGCCACGGCCGCAGAGGAGACGGCCUCGCCCGCCGCCUCUGCUUCCGCAGUCCAGCCUGCUGCGGGGGCGGCGCCGUCAGCACCCGCUGCAGCUGCCUGAGAGCGGGGCUGCGGGGGAGGUCGCGCUCGGCGCCACCGUUCGCCGAGUUGAGUGCAGCAUCGGGGCCGAGUGAGGUCAUGGCACGGGGCGCCCUGGGCGGCGCCAGCCAGGCAGCGCGGCUGGCAUGCGUUUUCAGCCCUGACAGUGUACCCAUGUGUCCAUAUGUAGGCACAUCUCGAGGCGCAGGGGCGACGCGAAGGAUUCGCGCCCCGACGCCAAGGACCCCUUGCAUCCUGGUGUUGAGGGCCUUCUCUAUUCCUGCUGCCGUACCAGUUCCCGACAUUCCUCCGGGUUCGGAGGAAGGUUUGCCGUUUCGCGCGGCGUUUGCCAGACGCCGCCAUCCAGCCGAGGGCGAUGGCGAGGAAAGCACAAUUGCGCAACACUUGUGUUUUUUCAUGUUCCGUAUUUCUUGGGCAGGGGUUGGGUUCGCAUUGACCUGUCUCGAACGAUCUUUUCUAGCAGUUGGAGUGCAUAUGUGGGGGCAUCGUUGCGAG